GUGCUGAUAACGAUAUUUUAAUGCAGCUGAUCUUAAACAUUUAGAAAUAAAUGCAGUUUCUUUAAAACAGUUGAAAACAAUGGUUUUUGAAAUGAAGAGAGUAUUUAUUACAGUUGGUACAACAAAAUUUGAUGAGCUAAUAUCUGAAAUUAUAUCGGACAAAGUUUUGAAUUUGCUACAAGAAAAAGGUUGUUGCCAACUUACUUUACAAAUUGGUAAAGGAGAGAUCUUAAUUGACAGCAGAAAAAUACAUGAAAAAUACGGUAUUAAUGUGGAAUACUAUCCCUUUAAGUUUGAUGAAAACUCUACAGAUAUCGUAAAUGCUGACUUAGUUAUAGGUCAUGCAGGGGCCGGUACAUGCAUUGACAUACUCACAAAUCAAAAACCUUCUUUAAUCGUGAUAAAUGAGAAUCUUAUGAAUAAUCAUCAGACAGAACUGGCAAUAGAAAUGGCGGCUGAAGGAUACUUAUAUUAUUGUAAUGUAAAACAAAUAGCUAAAUCACUUGAGCAUUUUGACUUUAAUGCAUUGGCGAAAUUUGAACUCUCAGAUAAUGUAAAUAAGUUUGUUGAUUGCUUAAAUAAAUUUAUUCAAUAAACAAUAACAUGGAUUUAAGAAUUUUUUUUUAUAAUAAGCUCAUUCAAAUAAUCAUAGCUAUAUGAGCUCAACAAUAUAAUUCCUUAUCUAUGCAUUAAUUAUCUGCAGGUGCUUUAAAGAAAAAAGCGCCUUACUGAAAUAUCCAAAUAUUUGGCAUUUUAUAUAAUUGCCACCAAAUAAAAGAAGAAGAAAAUACAGAAGUGCAGUGCAAAAUAAAGCAAAAUAAAUUUAAUAAACAAUGUGAUGAACAUGUGAAAAUUGAGAAUAUUCAACAAACACUAGAAUAACAUGCUUCUUAUUCUUUGUUCCCUUAACUCCCAGUGGAGCAUAGGGUCUCAAUAAAUCCUCUGAACCGUAUUCUAUUUGGAGCUGCCGUGCAGAUGUCGUUCCAUGAGUAGCGCGCUGAUGUUAAUUCGGCAUCAAUUUUCCUUCGCCAUGUUCUUGAAGGAGCGCCAGGCCGGUGACUUCUUGCGGGUUUCACUUUAAGGCUUGCUUAACGGGUAUGUCCGAUCCACUACCAUUUUCAUGUAUUCUGGAAUGACUAAGAUUAACAUUACGUUUCUAAUAAUUUUUUAAAUUAACAUUAGAAAAUGCAAUAAAACUUUUAGAAUAAAAUUAUUUAUAGCUACAAAUACUGUUGUAUUGUAUUGUUGUGCAAAUUUAUCUUACUAUUCUAAAUGGCUAUAUGAACAAUAAAAUAAAUUUCAAAUUCACUAAUU